UGUUAAAACGAAUGAUAUCACUUUUAUCUAAAGAUUUCUUAAUUAAGUGUUUAAUAAAUAUGUAAUGUAAUAAUAAUGGAAACGUUCCCAAAAUAUCCAACAUUUCCAUUAUUUUCUCAUGUUCUUUGUUUCAAAUAUAUAUAUGUGUAUGUGUACGUACGAUACACGUAUGUAUAAAUAAGAGCAACACAAAAGACGUGUCUCACCGAGGACAAAAUGAAUUUAUAGUUGUUGUGUACAUUGCUCUUCUUCGUGACAUGCGCUAAUGUGUGAGUAUUACUUACGAUAUACGUAAAUAAUAUAAUACGUUUGUGUGCGAAGCUAUUUGAGAAACGUAAAAAAAAAAAAGAUAGGAAUACAGACAGAUUUUCAAAGUAUUAUCAUUACGUUUCGAUCAGUUCGAUUGGAAUAUUGACACACGCCUGAUUUAUGUCAUUUUUGUAAUUUAUAUUACUGUGUCGUUUCUUGUAUAAUUAUUCUUAUACUCUGUGAUAAAAUUUUCAAAAGAAAGAAAAAUAGAAAGAAUAAGAAGAAAGAGAAGACUCGUCGUCGAGUCUUUUUACAAUUGUUUUGCUGCCAUUAUUGAUUAUAUUAGGAAGUUCAAGUAAAUUUGGAUAGUAUAGCAUUAAAAUCUAAUGGAUGCUCUACGAUUCGGGAGAAGUCUAUUUGUGCGAUAAUUUAUUUGUAUUGUAAUCGUGUCUCGAUAAAAUGUUCGAGAAGUACGAAAUAAAAGAAUAAUAGCUGAACGAUCGAAGAUCGAUUUUUUAAAUUAAUACAUACGCAUAUAUAUUAUUAUCAUUAUUAUUAUUAUUGUCAUUCGAUGUUAAUAAAAGAUAAUGGAGAAUUAAUUAUUCGAGUUUCGCGCUUUUUCCAGUAUGCAAACAAAAAACGAAUGUAACGAUGUAGAACGACCAAUGAGAAGAGUUGAAUGAGGUAAUGGAAAGGUUAGGUUAAAACAUUUGAAAGUGUUGAACGGUUCUUUAAAGAUUUUUAUGUAUGAAAUGAAGAUACAUAUUGUGUAAAUGAUAUAAGUAAACAUAAAUAAGAAAGAGAAAGAAAAAGAAACAAAGAAAAACUCGUGGUUUAUUAAGAAGGAAAGGAAUAAACUUACGUGGAAUUCGAUAUUUAUUUAUUAUCGUUGCGACGCUCUCUUUGGCAGUUACACAUCGGCAGAGAAAAGCGACAAGUAAUCGUGUGGUCGUUCAUUUUUCGUUAAAAAGAUUAUAUCGUAAGAUACGUACACCCGAUAUGGAUUUUUUACCAGCUACUUCAUCCUUAUUUUGGAGAACGGUAAGAUUGGAAACGUUCAAAAAUUGGCCUUACCAAUCUUCCAAAGAUUCUUGUACUCCAGAACGUAUGGCUUCUGCUGGUUUCUUUUCCAAAGCAACAAAGGAAGAACCAGAUUUAGCAGAAUGUUUUAUUUGUUCUAAGCAGCUUAAUGGCUGGGAAUCUACGGAUGAUCCAUGGAAAGAACAUGAGAAUCAUCAACCAUCGUGUGCCUUUGUAAAACUACAAAAACAAGAUGAAUGCCUAUGGACCGUUUACGAAUUAUUUGAAUUAAUAAAAGCGUAUAAUUUGAAAGAAUGUGAGUGUGAAUUAGAAAAGGCGAAAUCUAAAGUAAAGGACGAAGCAGCUAAGCUUGUAGAAGAAAUACCAUUAUUAUUUAAAAGUAUAAGAAAACAGAAAAGAGGAGGAAGUUAAGUUACAUUGAUUAAGUAUAUGAUAUAUUUUUUAAUAAAAUUUAGAUGAUAUAUUUUCUUUAUAAUAAAAUUUAUUAAUAUUUAUAUAUGUAUAUAUAUAUAUUUUAUUUCAUACUAAUAACAUAGUUGUAGCAAAUCAAUAUAUCUCAUAUAUCUUGAUUAAGAAAAAGAAAGGUUCAAUAUGGUCUGAUCUUUAUGUAUUCACGUGGAUCGAAGUAACGUGGAUAUAUAAUUAUGUAGAGACAUAAAUUUCAGAAACAUCUGUAUAUGUAUUGCGUAGCUCGGUUGCUUCGCCUAAACUUAAUCAGUAUUUUAUAAUAUAUUAACUUUUUUCUGUAAUGUAAAGUAUCGAGAAAAAUAUUUUAAUUUGGAUUUAUCUUUUAACUGAUAUUUAUUAUCUUUUAGUAGAUACAGUUACGUACUUACGAAAUAAUCUCGAUAUAUAAAUGAAAACGAUAGGUUGCCUCAAUUGUAUAUAUUUUAAUCUUUCAAGUAGUUGCUUCUUAGAUUACAACAUUUUUUCAUUGUUUCCAAUUACAUUUUAUUUGUUAACUGAUACAAGUGUAACAUUACUUUAUAAGUGAAAUGAAAAUUAAAUUGUUGAGAGAGAGAGAAAGAGAGAGCUUAUAAUUAUCACAAAAUAUGUUUCCUCUUUACUAUAUACAUAAAAAUUUAUAUUUGAUGGUACGUUAACACAAGUGAAACUUAUCUUGCUUUAGGGUAUGCAUCGUUGACGAAGCGGUCAUCGAACGUUUUUCCUAGAAAGCUCGUAUACGAUUAUGCAUCUUGGUUGAGAGUCGAAACGAUCCUUUCCCGGACUAUUCGUUCGUUUCUUGGUCGUGUUCGUGUCGCGAAUCAAGCAUUUGCUUUGAUACAUCUUUAAGGAAAGUUUCUACAUUUUAUUUUCUAUUCUAUCCUUCGAUAAAUGUGUGUGACAAGCAAGCAUAACAUUGCUCGAUCAAAUCAAUUUGCUUUGUCGGCGAACGCGUCAAUUGAUCGAUCAAGAAUAUUUUUAUUUUAAUUUUCAAUUUUCUGCAUUUUUCUUAUUUCAGGCUCACGAAUACACUUUUUAUUCCUCAUGCCCGAAUCGUCAAUUUUUCGGGCUAUUACACAAUAAUAUAUACGAUAAGACGAUGUAAAACGAUAAUUUGUUAAGGAACUUAAAAAUACGUUUAUAUUGUCAUGUAACGAAUACGAAAUUCGUAAGGCGUGUUUUGUUUACAUUAAUCGAUUCUAUCUGUCCUUCUUGUAGAAACUAACAUACGUACAUACAUACAUAUGUAUAUAAACACAUACAUUAAUAAUAAAUACGUAAGUAUAUA